AUGACUUCCUCUAUCAAGCUUGAUGACAAGCUCUCCGAGCUCAAGGCAGCUGAUGUUCGACUGCUCAUUUAUGGUUCUCUAUGCCACGAUGGCAAGAUUGACUCCGAGAAGCUUGCCACUCUCGCUAGUAUGAAGAAGACAUCCGCCAAUACCAACUACUGGCGUGCUAAGCACCACCUUGAGGGAAUUCUUGGUGUGAAAGUGCAGUCUCCUACCCAGGCUGUCAAUUCCAAGGAUGACGACACCAACGCUGGUCCAACUAAGAAGUCCCGUUCUGGUACCAAGCGUGGCGUGACUAAAGACACAUCCUUCAGGAAGGCGGAUAAAGCUCCCAAGCGUCGCAGGACCACCGCCAAGUCUGUGCCUGAGCGGGCUCAGGAGGAGAAGUCCAGCGACGCUGACCCUGCCGACACUGCCGACCUGACCGAGUAG